AAAAACUGCACGAAAAAUACCCAAUCAGCUUCCUCCUACCAAUUUCACCUCUCCAUCAACGCCUCCUCGUCUCCUUUCUCCUCCGCUUCUCAAAGGGAUCGAAAAAAAUUACGAGAUUACGAGAGCCAUGGCGAUGUGGGUGUUCGGAUACGGGUCGCUGAUAUGGAAACCAGGGUUUCCCUACGACGAGAAGCUCCUCGGCUUCAUCCGUGGCUACCGCAGAGUCUUCUACCAAGGGAGCACGGAUCACAGAGGCACCCCUGCUUUUCCCGGGAGAACGGUUACGUUGGAGCCCCUCCGCGGCGAAGUUUGUUGGGGAGUUGCUUACAAAGUUUCCAAGGAGGAAGAUAAGAAGAUCGCCUUGGAGCAUCUUGAAGUUAGGGAGAAGCAAUACGAUAAGACACUUCAUCUUGAUUUUUUUACUGACCCUACUUCUGCGACUCCAACUGUUUGUGGUGUGAUGGUAUAUUUAGCUUCUCCAGACACGAGGACCAAUAUGAACUACCUUGGACCUGCUCCUCUAGAAGAUAUAGCCAGGCAAAUUGUCCAAGCUGCAGGCCCGUCAGGACCAAACAGAGACUACCUUUUCCACCUAGAAGAUGCAUUAAACACAUUAGGAUGCGAAGAUGCGCAUGUCAGAGAUCUUGCAAAUGCUGUGAGAAGAAUACUUUCAGCGGAAUCAACAUGCUAGAAGAACCUUUCAAGAGUAGAUGAUUACUAUCAAAUUACAGUCGCCAAUCCAAGAUCGGCUUAUUCAUAGAAAAUUAUUUGAAUCUUUUUGAGAGAUUCAAAAUUGUCCUUUUCUUCUUCUUCUUCUUCUUCUUUUUUCUUUUUCUUUUUGGUAUAUUUUGAUGUUGUCCUUGUUCUCGAUUAGGAAAAUUUAUUGAUGUGGAUAUUGAUACAAUCUAAAUACAGGAAAAGUAAAAUCAGAUUUGACAAAAUUUUCUGAUAGAGAAGUCAGAUGGGAUAUUUCCUUUUUUCACUUGUCAUUAAGUUUUUGAGGAGGCAUUUGAUCGGAUAUAACCUACUUGUUCAUCUUUGCCCCUCCAUUACCUCCCGGAUAUUCAAUUUUCGUCCCUCCAAUUUCCCUUUUCUGUUGAUCUCCUCCAUUUCUUAUCUUGCGUAUAAUUGUAUGAAGAGAUGAUCUGAGCUAUGAAAUACUACUCACCUAGUCACCUCAUGGCAAUAUGGAGUGGGGUUUGGCCAUAAAUUAGCUGCCGUAUUGAUGUGUUUUUACAAAUUCUUCAUGACAGAUGAGAUCUUGAUGAAAUUGAAAUUAGGCUCAAAACUUUAUAAUUGAAACUCGGAGGACAAACUGAGUUCAAGAACUAACAUUCAUGGGGUAAAUUUGGAAAUAGCACUUAAAGUUACAAGACAACUAGGUAAUACUAGAUAAAUACCAAUCCACUAUGAUCAAUCAAUAAUGAAUAAUCAAACAUUAGUAGUAUGAUUUAUCUAUUAUGUUUUCAAUUUGUCUACAAAACUUAUUGCAUAUCUUGUGAUGCGAUGUAAUGUAUCAUAUGUUGAAUUUUUUCAGAAAUUUAUUGCUCAUCUUUUGAUGUGAUGUAUUCUUAUUUAUUUGUAGUGAUGUCAGAUAAUAAGCAUCAACAAUCAUCACCAAAUGUGAUCUUUAAUAUUCCAUGUCACAUUGAGACUUCAUGAACGACACCACCUCGUUCUCCAGGUCAUAGAGUAUCUGAAUAUUCUGCUGCUGGAAGCUGCCCAUCACUGACACCUCAUCCGUGGACUGCAUAAUGGCUAAACACAGCAACCCAGUCUCCGAAUCGAGCCAUAAAUAGUUCUCCGGCGGCAGCGCCAUGUCCCCACCUUCAAAGUGGUAGACAAAGUUCGGCACCUCAACAUCGUCAAUCGACGAAUAUGGCGAUGGCAUAUAGAAGCAAGCGAGCGGAUUAUGGGGAUUGUUAUCCACAAAUGGCAGUCCCAUUUGUGUUACAAAAGCUUUCUUUACAGGAGCGAAGAGAUUAGCUGCUAGAAAAGUCAUGGAGGUUGCAGAGUCUAUGAUGAAGCCACCUUUAUUGCGCUCCUCAGGGAUAUAAAUUCCUAUAGUAGGAAGGUUAGCUAGGGAGCCAAGAAGCAGAAGACUCUUUUUUUGAGCUUCAUGAGGCGGGGAGAGGCAGUAGGAGAACUUUUUUAACCCAAGUUGCGAGACCAAAGACAAGGGCCCGCGACCGAGUCCAACAAAGCCAGAGGGUUGCCAUGUCAUGUCCCCCGGGCUUAUGGAACCGCAUCCGAAACUGAUGCUGGAGACAACGGUUCCAUUGGUAAGGCCAAAGGGUGUUGAAACAUGGGAGCUCCGCAAAGGUGGAGGAUUGCGAUGGGUCAAACACUGGUGGGACGCAUUGAAUCCAGAUGAUGUCGCUGCUGGUGUCAAGGAUCGCAAGGAAAGAAGAAGGUGGACUACCGAUGUGGAGUUCAGCUAGGUAUUCACCACCGUCGAUCUCAGAGAUGGGCACUUGAGCAUUGAAGGGGGAAUCGGUUGAGUCGGGGGAGUCGUUAUCCCCGGUUAGCCACGAAAGCCUGGUGCGGCUCCGCUCGAUGCUACGGUGGAGGAGUUGGAGGGAGGUGAGGUUGGUGUUGGCGUCGACAUGGGUCAAUUCGAGUCGAAGAUCAUAUUGAAAAGGCUCAACAAGGAAAAGACAGAGUGAGAGUGAUAGUAGAAUUUGAAUAAGAUGAGAGAGAACUGGUGAUCUUCGCAUUGUGGUUCUCAUAUUUCAUUACAUCAGUGAGAGAAAUGGGAGGAGAAUGCAAGUUGUGGUGGUAUUUGUACAUGACUAUGCAGAAGCAACACAUACAAUGCAAGUGACAUGAACUCAUUUUUGUCAUGUGUUUUGAGUGGUUAUGUUGAGUAAGGUUUUGUCGCACUCAAACAUUAGGGCAUUUGCUACGAGAGAGAGUUGUAUGAUUGCUGGCACUUUUGUAACCAGUGUUUUGCAUCUAAAACUAGAAAUUGGAAGUAGAGUGAAGUUCAUUAAUCAACUAUUUUCGCAGUGUUGAA